CUGCCGCUCUGGCGCGACGGACGUGUAUUCACGGUGCUCGCACGCUUCCACGUGGAAGCUCGAGCUCGUUCGGAGCUGCUGCUGUGCGCGCGGAUGAAUCGCGACGCGACGCGUCUCGUAGAGUCGUGCAGCAAAUGUCGCGGCAUGAGCGCGCAGCGCUCGUCGCGUUACUCGCGCCAGUCGCGUGACAGUGAAGCCGCGGAUCCGCGUCGGUGAAAUCCGUCGUCGUUCGAAAAAGUUUCGUUGCGCGGCCAACUUCGCAGUGUGCAGUGAACACCGGUUCCUCGAGUCACGCGCGUUCGCGGGACACCGGUGGACGGUUAGACGCGAAUAAAGUGGGAUAUUACCUGGAAUUUGGAUUACCUGAAGCACAAAAGUACCGGAGUGCAAGUAGAGAAAGGCAGGAAGGAAGGUUACGUUGCGUCGCUGCGUCGUCGAGUGAGCAGGCCUCGAUCGUAGCAGAACAAGGUGACCGCAGCCGAUACGCGAAACAAGGCUGGAAGUCCCUCGCAACGCCUUGCAGUGGCCUCGUUCCACUGGACGAAGAACAACCCGGGCGGAAGCGUUUGUCGACAAACAUCGACGAUGAGCUAGCGACACCACCAUGCGUAGGAUGAAGCAGCGCGUACUGCACGCCUGGCCAUGGUUAUGGCUGUGGCUGUUCGCGGCCACGGCCGGCUCUCCGUCUUCCGACACUUUCGCGUCGACGACCUCUUUCCUACCGCCACGCGGCGUCGAUGGAAGUGCAGGUGGAGACAGCGGCGGCGUCGACGACGGCGAUGUCGGCAACGGCGGAUCAAUGAAGUCGUCGAUUUUGUCGAUCGCGCCAACCCCGUCAAUCUCAUUGGAGGGUGACGCGAACGUACCCUUGCCCGAGACCGAGUUCCGCUUCACUCAGCCACUGUACAACGUUUCCAUUCCUGAGAAUUCGAUCGGCAAAACGUACGUUGUGCCCGCGGAGCGGAUGGGCAUCAAACUCGCGUCUGCCGAUAGCGACGUCGAUAUCAAGUUCCGUAUAGUGAGCGGUGACCGCGAUAAGUUCUUCAAGGCGGAGGAGCGUACGGUCGGCGAUUUUUGCUUCCUUCUGAUACGGACGCGGACCAGUAACGUCGACGUGUUGAAUCGCGAACGUAAGGACCGAUAUGUGCUCGAGGUGCGUGCUACGUUGAACAGGCGGGACAGCAAGAACCGCGUGAUGACGCGUGACGUGGACGCCACAGUGGUGGUGACGAUUCUCGAUACGAACGAUCUCAAUCCGCUGUUCUAUCCGACCGAGUACGAGACUAUCGUGACGGAGGACACGCCUUUGCACCGCAGCAUACUCAGGGUAAUCGCCGAAGACGCCGAUCUCGGCAGAAACGGCGAGAUUUACUAUAGCUUCUCCGAGGAGAACGAUCAGUUUGCCGUUCAUCCGGUCAGUGGCGUGAUAACGCUCACAAGACCACUCAGGUACGCGGAACGCGCUAUACACGAGCUGAUAGUCUUAGCGAAGGAUCGCGGCGCCCUGCUUCGCAGUGUGGGUACCAGCCGUGCGAGUACCGCGAGGGUCACGAUCAGGGUGCAGCAGGUGAACCUGUACGCACCCGAGAUCUACGUGCUUAAGCUGCCCAACAUCGUAGAGAACUCGAACGCCGACAUUUACGCGAUCGUGCGGGUGACCGAUCGCGACAAGGGCGUACACGGCCAAAUCGCGAGUCUCGACAUCGUGGGCGGCGAUCCGGCUGGCCACUUCAGGGUGCGCCCAGUUGGUGGGCCGCGCUCCGGCGAGUACAACAUCGAGGUGUUGCACCUGCUGGAUCGCGAAACAGCGCUGCAGGGUUACAAUCUCACCCUACGUGCGACGGACCGCGGGGUGCCGCAGCGUUACAACUACAAAUUCGUACCGGUGCAGCUAGUCGACGUGAACGACAAUGCUCCCGUGUUCAGCCAUGAAAUUUAUGAGGUGAAGGUGCCGGAAACCGCACCCGUCAAUACGCCGGUGAUCCGACUCAAGGUAACGGACGCGGACGAAGGCAGGAAUGCGCUCGUGUACCUCGAGAUAGUGGGCGGCAACGAGGGUGGUGAAUUUUACGUGAAUGCCGAGACCGGGAUGCUGUAUACGGCCGUCGAACUCGACGCCGAGAAGAAGGCGUUUUAUACACUCACGGUAUCGGCGAUCGAUCAGGGUAACGCUGGUACCAGGAAGCAGUCCUCGGCCAAGGUGAAGAUCAACGUAGUCGACACGAACGACAACGAUCCCACAUUCGAACAGUCGGAGAUGGAGGUAUGGAUAGACGAGAAUGAACCGGCGGGCACAUCGGUCGUGCGGGUAAACGCGAAAGACCGUGACUCCGGCGAGAACGCCUACAUAUCCUACAGCAUCGACAACCUGAAGAAGGUGCCGUUCGAGAUCGAUCACUUCUCUGGCAUAGUCAAGACCAGGCAGGUGCUCGAUUACGAGACCAUGAAGCGGGAAUAUUUGCUUCAUGUACGCGCUAGUGAUUGGGGUUUGCCAUACCGGCGACAGGCGGAGAUGCGACUGCGAGUGAAGCUGCGCGACGUCAACGAUAACCGACCACAGUUUGAGCGCAUCGACUGCACCGGCCACGUGCCGCGUUACGUGUCCAUCGGUUCCGAGAUCAUCACGGUGUCCGCGAUCGAUUUUGACGCCGGCAACAUCAUCAGUUACCGCAUUGUAUCCGGCAAUUCGGACGGCUGCUUCGCUCUCGAUUCGGCCAGCGGUGUCCUCUCGGUCGCCUGCGACUUGUCGGACGUCAAGGUUACCGAAAGGACCGUUAACGUUACCGCCACCGACGGCACGCAUUUUGCGGACGUCAAUCCCGUGCACAUACAUCUGGUGAACGCCAAGCGGAAUCUGGGCACGAAGCUGCUGACGGAUGAGACUGGUGCGUUUGAAUGCCACGACACCGGCGUGGCGCGCAGAUUGACGGACGCGAUCGCCUCCGCGGAACGGAACAACAUGCCGUCACGGGAUGAUGAGUUUACCCUGACUCCGAGUCGUUAUGGCGAGAACGUGCACGCACCCGAGUUCAUCGAAUUUCCGAAUGAGAUACGGGUGAACGAGUCAGUUAAGCUCGGCACAACGCUCGAACGGAUACGCGCCCGCGAUCGCGACCUCGACUACAAUGGUAAGCUCGUGUUCGUCAUCUCCAGCGGCGACCGUGACUCCGUCUUUGGCAUCGAUCCGGAUACCGGUGAUCUCAAGACAAUCGGUUACCUUGACCGCGAGCGUGAGAGCGAGUAUUAUCUGAACAUAAGCGUGUUUGAUUUGGGAAAGCCGCAGAAGUCCGCCUCGAAAAUGCUGCCGGUUACCGUUCUCGACGUGAACGACAACGCCCCGAAGUUCGAAAAAUCUUUAGCGAGCUUUCGGAUCUCCGAGACCGCCCUGAACGGCACAAACGUGUGGCGAGCUAAUGCUACCGAUGCCGAUCUCGGCGACAACGCGCGCAUCACCUACUCCCUCGUGACGGAGACCAACGAUUUCCGCGUGGAUCCCGUGACCGGUGUGCUAAGUGUCUUUGGCAAGCUCGAUCGGGAACGACAGGAGAUCUACGAGCUGAGAAUUCGUGCACGCGACAACGGCGGUAAGGGGACUGACACCCCGCCCAUGUACUCGGACGCGUUGGUGCGAGUUACAGUGGACGACGUGAACGACAAUGCGCCCACGUUCGCGCUGUCGAGUUACAACGUCAAGAUACGCGAAGAUGUGCCAGUGUGGACAGUCGUGGCGGUCGUAGAUGCUACGGAUCCCGACGAAGGCGCAGGCGGCGACGUGGAAUAUUAUCUGUCGGACGCCAUGGAGAGCGAGGGUUUCUUCAAGGUUGACAAGGUGUCGGGUACAGUGAGAACAACCCAGAGCCUCGACUUUGAAGAGCGGCAGGUGCACACGCUAACGAUAGUCGCGAGCGACCGUGGUGAGCCGUCUCUGUCAUCCGAGACGAUGUUGAUAAUUGAAGUGGUUGAUGUGAAUGAGAACUUGCACGCGCCAGUGUUCGAUGAUUUCGUUGUAUCCGCGAGCGUGUUUGAGAACCAACCGAUUGGCACCCUCGUCACCACGGUGCGGGCGAAGGACGCGGAUCCGCCGGGUGGGGAUUCCAGAGUCGGAUACAGCAUCCGGGACGGCGACGGUGUUGGCAUCUUCUCCAUCGACGACGAAGGAAACAUCAGGACCAGAGCAGUGCUCGACGUCGAGACAAAGAGGGGUUACUGGGUGACGGUUCACGCCCAGGAUCACGGAGUGGUACCGCUGAGCUCGAGUCUACAAGUUUACGUGGAGGUGCUGGACGAGAACGAUAACACGCCUCUGACCGAGCUCCCAGUUUACUAUCCCUCCGUGGCGGAGAACUCGCCCGCCGGCGUGAGCGUCCUGCAGAUCCGCGCCUUUGAUCGCGACGUCUCGCUCCAGCAAUUCGUCUUCACCAUCAGCAGCGGCAAUCCGGAGGGUUAUUUUCUCAUCAACUCCACCACCGGUCUUAUCAGCACCAGCGGUAGAAAGCUCGAUCGCGAGAAUCAAGCUGAACAUGUAUUGGAGGUGACAGUGAGGGACGACGGCAGGCCUCCUUUAUCGUCGACAACGAGGGUCGUCAUCGAGGUAGCAGACGUUAACGAUCAUGGGCCUGUGUUUGAGCAAAAGUUCUACACGGUCCAGAUUCCGGCAUCGCCGGCGACCGACAAGACUCUCUUCCAGAAAUUGAGGAACCGCUCGCGGGAGUUCGACCUUUCGAUCGAUACGUUACUAGAGAACGGGACUUGGGAGACAUUUAGCCCCGACACCCUAUCAGGAGAUCGUAUCUUCAGGGUUCUCGCGUACGACCAAGAUAUCGGUGACAAUGGAAAAAUCCAGUAUAGCAUCAAGGGUGGCCGCGGAAAGGGCAAGUUUAAAAUUCAUCCUUCUACGGGGAUGGUGUAUUCGCAGCGUGGAUUCGAGGCGGGUCAAGAAUAUGAAAUGAUGAUACGAGCGACCGAUCAUGGAGAACCCCCACGUAGUCAUCAAACUCGAGUUUCCGUUCAAGUUGUGGAAGCACCGAAGGAAUCGGAGAACCCGCCGGUGUUCAAGACAAAUAAUCAAAGUGUGGAAGUCACGGAGAGCGACGAGGCGGGCUUUUUGGUUGCCCUCGUGCAGGCCAGCGACAAAGACGGCGAUUCUCUGUGGUAUGAUAUUUUAGACGGCGACAAGCGCGAUGAAUUCUUCAUUGGUCGCGACAAUGGCAACGUCUUACUCGCGAAAAAGCUCGACUGGGAAACCCAGAACUUCUACAAUCUCACAAUUGGCGUUACUGACGGCGUGCACACGAUACUAACGCAGCUGUUCGUUACCGUGAUCGACAUCAACGAUCACCGGCCAGAAUUCACUGAAGCCACGUACCACGUUGACAUCUCAGAGAAUGUCGAAAAGGGUGAAAAAAUACUGCAACUGCACGCGACCGACGAGGACGAGGACAAAAAGGUCUUCUACAGUCUGCACGCGGCGCAAACCCAGGCCUCCCUCGAAAUCUUCCACGUGGAUUCGGUGCUGGGCACGAUCACGCUGAACGAGCCGCUCGACCGUGAGACCAUUGAGGAACAUGUACUGACGGUGAUGGUAAAGGACCAAGGUACGCCGGCCAAGCGAAACUACGCCCGAGUGAUCGUCACCGUGCACGACCACAAUGACCACGCGCCCGAGUUCAUCAGCGAGAUCAUCCAGGGCAAGGUGUACGAGACCUCGCCGGUCGACACGGCGGUAGUGCAGGUGUGCGCGAUCGAUCGCGAUCGCGGAGAGAACGCACGGAUCACCUACUCGAUCACGUCCGGCAAUGUCGGCAACGUGUUCACGGUGGACCCUGAUCUGGGAUAUAUCCGCGUGGCACGCGAACUCGACCUCGGUGUCUCGUCGGAGUACAUCCUACUAGUGAAAGCGACUGAUCACGGCUCGCCCGCGCUAGCGAACACAGUGCCGGUACACGUGAUGGUGACGAUGGCCGACAACGCACCGCCGCGUUUUAUUCAGAAGGAACUGUCCGCGGAGAUCUACGAGAACCAACAGCUGGGAACAUACGUGAAACACGUGGAGGCGAGAAGCACUUCGUCGUUGCAGUUUGACAUCGUGCACGGCAAUCGUGACGACACGUUCCUCGUGAACCCGAGCACCGGCGUGAUCGUUGUCAAGAAUCAGCUCGACUACGAGAAGACCAAGUUCUACAAUCUGACGGUGUCGGCGAUGAACAUGGCAGGUGCGUCCGCCACCUGCAACGUUAUCGUCCACGUGCUUGAUAGGAACGACAACGCUCCACGCUUCCUCCAGGCGGUCUAUAGCGGCGAAAUCAGCGAAGGCGCCAGCAUAGGUUCCCUCGUUCUGACCAACACGAGCGCGCCGCUCGUGAUCAAAGCCGAAGACGCGGACUCGGAACUGAACGCGCUGCUCAACUACGACAUCGUCGAGGAUCUGCCACGCAAAUACUUCCACAUAGAUUCCAGCACUGGCGCGAUCCGCACGGUAAUGGUGCUCGAUCACGAGACCGUGCCGAUGUUCUCGUUUCACGUGAAGGUCUCGGAUCUCGGCAAGCCAAAACUCUCGUCCGAGACCACUGCCCGCGUGAUGAUCGUCGUGACGGAUGUCAACGAUUGCCCGCCCAAGUUCUCCAAGACCGAUUACAAUGUCACGCUCCUGCUGCCGACGUACAAGAACGUGGCUGUCAUCCGCAUGACUGCCGUAGAUCCUGACAGCUCCGAGGGAGCGGCGUUGAGAUACGACAUCAUUGACGGGAAUAAGGCUCACACGUUCGACAUAGAUGCCCAGAACGGUGUCGUCACAGUACGCAAUCCGGAGCGCAUGAAGAAGAACUAUCUCCUUCACGUGCGGGUGUCGGAUGGCAAGUACUCGAGCGUGGCGCAGGUGAGCGUGACGGUAGAGAAGUCGGAGAAUUCUGGGCUGAUCUUCCAGAAGAGCGUGUACGAGGGUGCCAUCUUGGAGAACUCGACAAAAAUCACGACCGUAGUGGUGGUGAACGUACUGGGUAGUUCACUGAACGAACACAUCGCCUUCAGCAUCCUCAAUCCGACCGACAUGUUCGUGAUCGGACCAACUUCCGGCGCAAUCAGGACCACCGGCAUACGAUUCGACCGCGAGGCCUGCGAUCACUACGAGUUGAUCGUCGAGGCCAAGAGUCACCCGCCGGAACGGCUGAAACCUCGAGUAGCUCAUGUCAUAGUGAACGUCACCAUACUCGACAUCAACGACAAUUGUCCGAUGUUCGUUAAUCUGCCUUACUACGCGGUCGUGUCGGUCGAUGCGCACAAGGGUGAUGUCAUUACGAAGGUUCACGCGGUAGACAUGGACAGCGGUGACAAUGGCGAGGUGAGGUACGAGCUAAAGAAGGGUCACGGCGAGCUGUUCAAGGUGUGCCGGAAAACGGGCGAGAUAUCGUUGAAGCAAAAUCUCGAGGGACACAAUCGCGAGUAUCAGCUUACGAUUGCUGCGUACGACGGCGGAAUAACGCCGUGCUCCAUUGAGGUGCCAGUCAACGUGAAGGUGAUAGAUCGCUCGAUGCCAGUAUUUGACAAGCAAUUCUACACGGAUAGCGUGCUGGAGAAUAUAGAAGUGCAUUCACCUCUGGCGUUGUCCAUUCAAGCUGAGUCACCGCUGAAUCGCAAACUCAUAUACAGCAUUACUAAGGGCAAUGAUUUUGAGGAGUUUGCCCUGGACUUCAACACCGCCCCCGACAGUAACAAUGGUCCUUGUGUGAUCUAUGUGGUGGAUGAGCUGGAUUACGAACAGAAGAAGCAGUACGAGCUCACCGUACGCGCCACCGACAGUGUGUCGGGCGUCUACGCGGAGGUGCUCGUCAGCAUCCUCGUGUUGGAUGUGAACGACUGUCCGCCCGAAUUUACGCAAGAUUCCUACAACAUCUCUGUGUCGGAAGCAGCGCCGUUCGGUACCUCCGUCUUGCGAGUAAGCUCGAGGGACAACGACACAGGCAUAAAUCAACAGGUCCGUUACUCCAUUCAGAAUGACACGGAGAACAGCACGGAACUCUUUCACAUCGAUCCCGACGAGGGCGUGAUAUUCCUGAAGCGGUCCUUGGACCACGAGACGCACGAGUCCCAUCACUUCACGGUAAUCGCCAUGGAUCGCGGCGUGCCCAGCUUAUCGAGCACGGCGCAUGUUUGGGUGAGCGUAAUCGACAUGAACGACAAUCCGCCGAAAUUCGAGCAGCCUUCGUACACGUGCUCGCUGUCGGAGCACGCAGAGCGCGGCCAAUUUGUGACGGUGGUGUCAGCGAGCGAUCCCGAUUACGUUGAUGAGAAGUUGACGUACACCAUCGUGGGUGGGAAUGAGCAACAAACGUACAAUAUCGAUCAGUCAACUGGUAUCAUCUCGCUGAUCAACAUGCAGAACUUCGGCGAGCAAAAGCUCAGUAUGCUGAACGUCUCGGUGACCGAUGGCGUUUACACCAGCUUCGCCCGUGUUAAAAUCGAGAUUCUGCCGGCGAAUAGACACAAUCCGAAAUUCCCGAACCCGGUGGUAGAGGUGACCGUCCUAGAGAAUCAACUGCCCGGCCGACUAGUCACUAGCGUACUGGCCGUGGACGAGGACUUUGGCGAGUACGGUACGGUAACGUACACGAUUAUGUCGGAGAUGAUGAAGGAGAUGUUCGACAUAAAUAAGCUUACCGGCGAGAUCACGACGCGCAAGAAGCUUGACCGGGAAGCGCAGAAGCGCUACGAAAUACCAGUGAUGGCGACCGAUGGUGGCGGCAGAUCUGGAUUCGUGAUGGUGCGCGUCAGAGUGGGCGACGAGAAUGAUAAUGCGCCUGAGUUCCUUCUGGGAGAGUACAAGGCUACUAUUCAAGGUAAUCUGUCGCUGAACACGCCGUUCUUAAAAGUAAAGGCGCAAGACGUGGACGAAGACGAGGCGGCCAAGAUCAUCUACUCCAUUUACGAGCUGCAGACCUCGCCGGCCAGGUCACUGUUUGGCAUAAAUCCCGACACGGGGUCUCUCUAUCUGCAGAAGAGUGCCGUACCGUGGGAAAAUCAAUUGUUCGAACUCUUUAUCCGCGCGGAAGAUAAAGGCACAACCACGCAUCACGCUGACGUCCCGCUCAGCAUCUACAUAAUGGGUCCUCACGAUGUUCCUCCUCUGUUUGAGCGGAAAGAGGACAAGUUUUUCAUCAGGGAGGACUCCUCGGUUGGCACACCGAUAACGAAACUCAAAACUGUCACCAACAGCACCGUAACGUACCGUAUAAUAUCGGGCGACGAGGACAAUCCGCUCUUUACGAUCGAUUCUCACGGUCAGGUCACUCUAGCGAGACCACUGGAUCGAGAUCUGAAGGACAGUCACCUGAUCGGCGUUCUCGCCGAGACAGAUUCCAGUCCGCCACUCACGGCACUCGCUGAGAUCUCUCUUCAGGUGCUGGACGAGAACGAUCACGCACCGAAAUUCGAGAGCAAUCCGUACGCGAUCAAUCUGGCGGAGAACAUCGAGGAGGGGACGUUUAUAUUGAAAGUCAUCGCACACGACAAGGAUCUCGGCAGCAACGGCGAGGUGCGUUACUCCUUCGGAUCCGACAUAGGAGAAUUGGCGAACGUCUUCACGGUGGACGCUUAUACCGGUUGGAUAUCAACGUUGGUGCAGCUCGACAAGGAGAAGCAGCCGGAAUAUAAAUUUCAGGUGGUUGCCACUGAUAACGGGAAUCCGAAGCACUUCGCCAGGACAUCGGUGCACGUCAAACUGAGAGAUUACAACGACAACGCACCUGCAUUCGUCGACGAUCGUUACGAGGCGACGGUGAACGAGGAUGCUCUACCGGGAACGGUGGUGGUGAGACUUGUCACCGUCGACAAAGACUCGGACCUGAACACGCCUAUAGAGUUCUACAUAACGUCUGGCGAUCCCAGAUCACAGUUCCAAAUCAGGUCCACCGGUGAAGUGUACGUCGCGAAAUCCUUGGACAGGGAAACCAUCGAUCGCUACGAGCUCGCGAUCGUUGGCACCGAUGGGAAAUACGUGUUCGAAACGAGGGUGACCGUGCAAGUCCUGGACGUUAACGACAAUCCGCCAUAUUGUCUGCGAUACCGUUACAGGGAAGUGCUGUCCGAGGGUUCGCAUCCUGGUGCCUAUGUCCUCACCGUCCUGGCCACCGAUUACGACGACGAACCGAACGCAAAGUUACGAUUCUACCUGACCGGUGACAAUAACGAUAAGUUCUCGUUGGACAAAGAGACAGGAGUGUUGAAGACCGUUGGGCAGCUUGAUCGGGAGACCCAAGCUAGAUAUUCCCUGACGGCGCACGUGCAGGACCGCGACAAGCCGAUAUGGGAGUGUUCAUCACAAUUGGAGAUACUCAUAUCCGAUCUGAACGACAACGCGCCGAAAUUUACGAUGCAAACGUACAGUAGCACUUUGCCCGAGGAUGUGGAAGUCGGCACUUUGGUGACAAAGGUGCACGCCACCGACGACGACAUCGGCAUCAAUCGGAAGAUCAGAUACGAAUUUAUUGAUUCAGCGGAUGGUCACUUUCUCAUUGCGGCAGACAGCGGAAUAGUCACACUGGCCAAGCCGCUGGACCGAGAAACGCGAGCGAUGUACAACGUAACUGUUCAAGCGCUCGAUCAGGGCACACCGCAGCUGAUAGGAGUCGCAUCGCUGAUCGUCAACGUGCAAGAUAUCAACGACAAUCCGCCGGAAUUCGCUUCGAAACUCUAUUUUGCGAAAGUGCCUGAAAUAUACGCGGUCGGUACCGAAGUGGCUCGAGUGCUCGCGACUUCCAAGGACACGGGGGUAAACGCUGACAUAUAUUACUCGAUCGUCGGUGGCAACGAGCAUAAGAAAUUCCAGAUAGACGCCAAGACGGGCGUGGUGACGAUCGCGGAGCAACUGGAUUACGAGCGGGCGCGGGAUUAUUUUCUCACUAUCCAAGCCGUCGACGGCGGCAUCCCACCGCUCAGCAAUCACGCUACGGUCAACAUCACCGUUACCGAUAGCAAUGACAACGCACCGAUCUUUAGCGAGGUUUCGUACAGAGCUUUCGUGAGGGAAGAUGCGAAGAUCGGGGAGAGAGUUACACAGGUGUACGCGAAUGACCUGGACAGCGAGGAGAACGGCAAUGUGUCGUAUUACGUCGAACGGGGCGAUAGGCAGAAACAGUUCUUCAUUGACCGGAAAACGGGACAGAUAACCGUCGCCGCGCCGUUGGACCGAGAAGAGAUUGCGAAUUUCGUGUUGGAGGUUCACGCACGUGAUAACGGUAUACCGGUGCUCUCGAGCUUCGUGAUGAUGAACAUCGAGAUUAUGGACGCUAACGAUAAUCCGCCGUUGUUCUCGUUGCCGAAUUAUACAGCCGUUGUGCAAGAAGACAAGCCGCUCGGUUACGCGGUUCUGCAAUUCGAAGUGACCGAUGCCGACAUUGAGCCAAACGCGGAACCUUACACCUUUGAUUUUCGUUCCGGCAACGAGGGUGACGCCUUUCGACUCGAACAGGACGGUACCUUGCGAACGGCGACGAAAUUUAACAGCAGGGUGAAGGAUAAAUACACAUUGCACGUGCGAGUGUUCGACAACGGCAGCCCGACGUUGUACUCGGACGCAUGGGUGGUGAUCAAGGUGAUUGAGGAGUCACAGUAUCCGCCGGUGAUAACACCUCUCGAGGUGAUAAUCAAUUCAUACAUGGACGAGUAUCCAGGCGGCAUCAUUGGAAAGGUUCAUGCGACUGAUCAGGAUCAAUACGACACACUUCUCUUCAGCCUGGUACCAUCCUCGCCGAUAUUGAAUAGCGACCUCUUCCAAAUCGACAAGACUGAUGGCACAUUGCUGGCUCAACCCAGACUCGACGUAGGCGAGUAUAGAAUAAAUAUCAGCGUGACGGAUGGCAAAUUUCACUCAUACUCCAUCGUGAAAGUGAACGUCGAUCUGGUGACGGACAAGAUGCUCGAGAGCGCGGUUAUCGUGCGAUUUCGGGAGGUCAGCCCGGAAGAUUUCAUGCUGAGUCAUCGCAAGGGCUUUGUCAGGACCGUUCGCAACGCGAUGAACUGUCGUCUCAAGGAUAUCGUCAUCAUCAGCGUGCAGGCGUCCACCGACGAGGCGAACCUGAUCAAAUCGCGGGCGACGCGACAAGCCGUACACAACGAUCUCGAUCUUCUGUUUGCCGUGAAGAAAGCGGCGAGCCCGGCGAGUUCCUCGGGAUUCUACGCGUCGGAAAGUAUACGUGAGGCAUUGAACCAACACGUCGAGGAGCUGGAGGAAUCGACGAAGUUGGUCGUCGAAGAAAUUGUGCGGUUCAAGUGCAUCAAGGGCUACUGCUUCUACGGUGACUGCCAGGAUAAGAUCGUCCUUGAUCCCACUCACAUCACUCCCGUAUCCACCGACGUGUUGAGCUUUGUAUCGCCGCGGCACAAGCACAAGAUGGAGUGCAACUGCAAGGAGGGCUAUGCCGGCAAUCAUUGCGAGGUAGUGGUGAACGAGUGCGCCAGGGAUCCCUGUCCCCCGUUCAAGAUUUGCGUGCCCGACUCGUCGGUUCAGGGAUACUCUUGCCAGUGCCUCGAGGGAUUUGCCGGUCAGAGUUGUGACAUCGAUAUCUCCAAGUGUCACGAUGAGUCGUGCUACAUACCGCGGAAUCCCAUAUCUUUCAGCGGCAAGAGUUACGUGCGCUACAAGAUCGAUAAAGCGUUGAUUCGGCAGACGAUCGAGGACCGUCUCAGUUUGUCACUGAGAAUCAGAACGGUGCAGCCUACCGGCAGUCUGAUGUACGCAGCUGGCAAGGUGGAUUACAACAUCUUGGAGAUAGUAAACGGCGUGAUGCAGUACAAAUUUGAUCUGGGUAGCGGCGAAGGACUCGUCCGAGUAAGCAGUGUGUACGUGAGUGACGGUCAGUGGCACGAGAUUCAACUGGAGCGGGAGAGCAACAGCGCCCGAUUGACCGUAGACGGCAAACACAUCGCGCACGGUUCCGCGCCCGGUAUCAACGAUAUCCUGAACCUGCAAUCGGACGAUCUAUAUCUGGGCGCGGAAGUCAAGCAACACCCGUCGAUCAUCGGCUUUGAGGACGUGCAACGCGGCUUCAUCGGCUGCAUGGACGACGUGAGGAUUGCACGGGUAUCCGUGCCACUGCACAUGAGCGGUGCCAGCAGCGUGGCGAUCCUCAAACGUUUCGCCAACAUCAAAUUUAGUUGCAACACAACAACGAUUCUGGUGCCGGCAGGGAUUUGUGGGUCGCAACCUUGUCAAAACGGUGGCACCUGCAAGGAUUCAGGCGGCGACAGCUACGAGUGUCAGUGUCAUACCCGGUUUGCCGGUCUCGCCUGCGAGAUCGAUACGGAUCCGUGUGCCUCGGCGCCUUGUCUGUACGGUGGCCGCUGCAAAAUCGUGCCGGAAGGCGGUGACUACAUUUGCGAGUGCAUCGGACCGAGCCUCAGCGGCAAACGUUGCGAAUUUGGCCGAUAUUGCAGCCCGAAUCCGUGCAUCCACGGUGGUGUGUGCGAGGAAGGCAAUAACGGGCCGAUUUGCAAAUGCCAAGGCUUCACCGGCGAGCGUUGCGAGACCGACGUGAACGAGUGCGAGACGAAUCCUUGCACGAAUGGCGGCACCUGCGUCAACGAGAUCGGCACAUACAGAUGCAUCUGUCCACCCAAUAUGACUGGCCUGAACUGCGGCAAUCCGGCCUUUUCCACGCCUAUCAUUUCCAGUCACUUCAACAUUACGUGGGAGCAACUUAUGUGGAUCGGCGGUGUGGUGCUGUUCAAUGUGUUGCUCAUCAUUAUGAUUUUCACCGUCCGACGUAUCAGGAUGAAACGUUCGAGGGCACGCGCCAACCACAUUAACAACGAGACGCGCAAGCAAAUCGUGUUGAAUUCCGCGAGACCGCAUGAGCACGAGUUCAAACGCAGUUCGAAGCUGAGCAAUCUGGAAGUGAUACAGAGAGAACCUCCCCAAUGCCCUCCCAGACCUGCCUCCUACACCCCGAGCUCGAACAAUGAGCCGGCCGCGUACGGUAACUCGGCGGCGGUGGCUCUGAAUAACUUGGACACCCUGCGCAGCUACGGCAGCGCGGGCGACGAGCUAGAGAACUUCCCGCCGGAUUACCUGCGAAACCUGAACCGCAGCACUCCCGUACCACCCCCAUCCUUGACCCUUGCUAACCCGGUGGGCGGGAAUGCAACUGGCAGCGACACGGACAGCCUUCACAAGCCCAGCUGGCAGGAGCAGAUGCAGCUGGCCUCCUUCAUAACCGACACCACCAAGAUCAAGAACGACCUGAAACGAACGAGCCCAGUGGUACCAGAGCUGACCACUGGAGGACUUCUAUUAAACUCCUCUCGACGGGCACCUCAUGCGGUUGGGUCUUCCAUCACCUCUGUCACGUCCAUCGAGGAUGAUCCUCGCAUCGUCGGCGGGUAUCAUUGGGACUGCUCAGAUUGGGUCAGACCGAGUCAGAACCCCUUACCAAACAUCACGGAGGUACCCGGCAGCGAGGUUCCAGAUUCAUCCAGCUUCCACAGCAACGAGAGUAACGAAUCCAACACUCAUCAGUUACCAACGAUACAUGGACCAGUAGACUCGACGCGGGACAUCGAGACUCUAAACGAAGAUCAGGAGUCGGAGUAUGUCGGCGAUUCCGAGUGCGGGACUGAAUUCUCGGAACAGUAUCAUUGCGCGGAGACGCAACGUCUCAAUCCUCUCGACAGCGGCGGCGAAGGGGAGUACAAGUACAAGAGCUCCGAGAGCUACCUGCGUCACCCCAACACAUACCUACCGCAUUACAAUAUCCACACCGAUACCGAGAACGAGAUGAAUCCGCUCAACGGUCGUCUCAGCACUCUCGAGUCCGACGAGGAGGAAGAAGAUGACGUAGUGCCUUAUGGUUUCCCGAGCACCCGCCGUAACCGAUGCCACAAGGUGGUCGAAGAGGACGAAAUCGGCUCAGUCAUCACUACAUUGGAGGAGAGGAACUCGCUGUUGGGCGGCGCGACCAGUAACAGCGAUCUCUCCACGAAUCUCUGUGAGAUCGACGAUUCCGAGUACGAGGUGGUCACGGAUCAAAAAACCAACGGACGCCUGUGGCUGUCGGGCAACGGCAUCACGCAAACCUCAGUGUGACGAACGAUGGUGCCGCGGUACGUGGACGGACCGAUGCGUGCGGCAGUACGCUUCUCUGUGCUUCUACGAUUGAGACGUGCGGAUGUCUGUGAAUACGCGAUUUUGUACAUAGGUAUUGUAUCGUCAUAGGUAUACAGUGUACAGGCAGCUAUGAGGUGCGUGGCGGACUGACGCGUGAGUUAUCCGGCGUGAUACCGCGCCGCGUGUAAGACGUAACGACAACGCAUCACGCCUCAAAUCUCCUCCCGCACUGGUAGAGUUCGAGCGUCAGCGUACUUAAGCGAAUGGUUGUUAUAUUUGUUAUAUUAUAUUAAUGGCUGUCACAAUUACAAGCGUACGUAAUCGUAUUAUACAUUUCGAUAUUACAUAUCGAAAUGGCAAUUCCAUUUCCGUUUCCAUUUACUUCAUUUUGACCGUAUCAUUAUUACAUAUUCGUACAAUGUUUUCUGCAAGCGAUCAUUUCUGUUUGGAGAUAUCACAAAUAAUCACGGUUUGUUUAAUUGUGAGAUAAUCGCAUGCAAUCGUUUACAAAGCUAUCAACGAAUAUUAAUUAACGUUACAUUAUUUUCGGUAACACGAUUCUUUCGACUCUACCAGAGGGACGAGAUUUGAUUAGGGACAAGAUAGAUCGCGGCAACUACGGACACUCUCGUAGAGGAUCGUCUUUAUUACGAAGGGAAAUUCGUUACUUGAGAAAAGUAAAGUUAAUCACGACAGUGUCGUCAGACCAAUGACUAUUAUUUAAUGAGCUAUCGUUUUUAAACUCAUAACUCGUGUUAAUCCAGCAACAACUACACACACAUACACACACAUUUCCAGUGCGAAAGAAAUACAUAGGUACAUUUAUGUAUUUUUACUAUUUGCUAACCGACUUUAUUUUGAUUACGUAUAAAAAUGAACCGACGGACUACUUAAUAACGUAUAUAUUAAGUAAAAACGUAACGGAUUAGCGUGUAAGUAAAUGGACUCUAGUGAAAGGAAGGAGCAGCCGCUUCCUCCGCGUUAUACAUGCGGUGCGUAUGCGUCGCAGCUGCGCGCGUCUUAAUCGCGGAUUAAUAGUAAAAAGAUAUAAUGAAAUAUUUUUACUGUGAUGAUAAUAAUGUUUAUACGAUGAUCAAAUACUACGACUUGUAUCAUAACGUAACGGUCGCGACGUUAAUUAUCCAACGUUUUAUAACAGGAAUGAGAAAAAACAAAGAGGGAAGGAAGGAGCGACGUUCUCCUAAGCUAAGUCAACGUUCCGUUAAUUUGACACUUUUCACUCUUUUCUUUAUUUCUCUUCUAUCUCUCUUCGUUCGUCAGUAAUCAUCGGUACGAUCGAUAAAUUCAUGCAUACAUGGUGCUACUUCUCUCGCGUCAAGCUUUAUCAUCUUAUCUAUCUCUUUAAUAAGACUGCUCAGUGGCGCGGACGUAUCGCUCGCUACUCACCGCGCUCAUUAUCACCUGCCAUUCAUUCGCCCAUCUCGUGUGCGUGUCAUUUUUUAUCAUAGAAAACUUGUCCAUACGAUAUAUAUAUAUAUAUAUACAUAUAUUAUAUAUACACAUAAUGGAAUACUUUUUAAACUGCCAAUUAAUUCUAAAUGCCAUAUUAACGAUGCAUUUCCUUUGAUUGAUUUAAUAUAAAGCGAGACGGGGCAAUUAAGGAACAAUCUAUAUAUUAUUAUUGUAUCUGUGGUCCUUUUUUUACUCUCUUCCAUUUUUAGCGUAUUUUUUUCACUAACGGAUCUUGUGUAGCGGCAGCUUAUUUGGGUAAGGUGUAAACGUUCUCUUUUAUAUAUACACACGUAGAAUUUUAUUUGAGAAAUUCGGAUCUUAUGUUCCUGUUCCGCAAAGGAUGCAGCGAUAUCCUGCUCGUAUUUAAUGGGAUACGGACGUGCAUUAGUAGAUCGUGUUAAUAAUAACGCUAAACAGGGUGAUUUUUACGUUGACCAAGAACAAAGGCAUCGUCUCUCUCGUCCCUAAAUAAGUUGAAAUCGCCUGUGCUUCUGCUGUGCUGAAAUUCUUCGUAAACUCUUAACGGUUUUUAUUUUCUAUUAAUGAUUAUCAUGUUAUAGAAAAGUUUUUGUACAUUUUGCUAUUUAACAUUCUCGAUGUAAGUAAAAAGUUUCGGUCGGCGGUAAAGCACAGGUAAAUCUCUAAUGUGUGUUUAGAUUAGUUUUAUUUAAAACAAGAAAGAUGAAGCAUAUUGGUCAAAGACUGUUUAAGUAAGAUGUGUGUGACAGCAGACUUUUUUUU